AUGGAGAUGACCCCAGCUGCGAAAUAUGGUUUGGGCCCAGGAGCGCGUGGCUUGCGCAUGAUGGAAGGUGAUGCUUUGGCUAACAAAUGCAUCAAGAGGCGGCGAAGAGAAUCCCCUGCUCCUGCAAUAAGCUGCAAUGAGGGUGAGCAACAACAGAAACGAUCCACGACUACGGCCGGUGGCGUGAAGAGAAGUUCAAGAUUUCGUGGGGUCAGCAGACAUAGAUGGACUGGACGUUUUGAAGCUCAUUUAUGGGAUAAGGGAUCAUGGAAUCCAACCCAGAGGAAGAAGGGAAAGCAAGUGUACUUAGGGGCUUAUGAUGAAGAAGAAUCUGCUGCAAGAGCAUAUGAUUUGGCUGCCCUCAAGUAUUGGGGAACAUCAACUUUUACAAAUUUCCCGGUGUCCGAGUAUGAGAAAGAAAUUGAGAUAAUGAAGACUGUAACAAGAGAAGAAUACUUAGCCUCUUUAAGAAGGAGGAGCAGUGGUUUUUCAAGAGGUGUAUCCAAGUAUAGAGGAGUUGCUAGGCACCAUCACAAUGGAAGAUGGGAAGCAAGAAUAGGGACGGUGUUUGGAAACAAAUAUCUCUACCUUGGAACUUACAGUACCCAAGAGGAGGCUGCUCAUGCUUAUGAUAUAGCAGCAAUAGAGAAUAGAGGCAUUAAUGCAGUAACCAACUUCAACUUGAGCACAUACAUUAGAUGGCUAAGACCAGGUGCCAAUUCUCUUGCUUCCCAAGAACAAAAACCAAUUAUAGAGUCUCAGCCUCCGGCAAUGUCCUCUAACCCCAUUUCAAGUACCGAGCAGUCCAUCUUUCACUCCAAUACCUUGACAGUGGACAGUACAACCCUUCGAAAACAGCAAGUUUUCCAAAGCGAGACCAGGUCACCAUCACCAUCAUCAUCCCCAACUGCACUUGGCCUUCUCCUAAGAUCUUCGCUGUUUAGAGAGCUGACAGAGAGGGCUUUGAAUGCCACUGACAAGCUAGGAGGCUGA